UUGUAACUAGUAACAAGCCAUCAUGCUGUGAUUCCCUGCUCACAGUGCAGGACUUGAGGGGUGUGUGCAGGGAUGAGGUGGGGAAUGGUGGGGCUGGAAGGGCAAUGGAAUCCAGGUAACUGUGCCCCCAGCCGCCAUCAGUGAUUCAGCACUAUGAUAGGGCACCUGAGCUGUCCAUCAAAAAAUCCCCCUGGAGUGGAGGGCGGUACCUGACUGUCUGGUAACCCCAGGGCUUUGAGCUCAGAGCUUGGCCAGGUAACCCAAGCCAAAGGGACCAUUCCAGAAAUCCAGCCUCAGAGAGCAGAGAAGAUGGAGGGAGCAUUAUGUCUUUCUCCAACCCUGAAGAUGUCCCCCAAGAGCCUGAACCCUCAACCUCCAAGAAGAAAAAGAAGAAGCAAAAGUGGCCACAGCAAGAGGCCAGCAUCCAAGCCCUCACCAGGGCUGGCCAUGGAGCCCUACUGGCUGGCCGGAACCAUGAAGCCUUGACCAGCUUCCAGAGGGCCUUCAUCCUGGCCUCUGAGGCCCCACAAACUCAGGACACCUCUGUUCUCCGGGCCUGUGCCUUCAACCUAGGGGCCGCCUAUGUGGAGACAGGGGACCCAGCCAGAGGCCUCAAGCUGCUCCUGCGAGCCCGACCUGAAGAGAAGGCGCAGGGCAGGGGUCAUGGGGACCAAUGUUUCAACGUGGCUUUGGCCUACCAGACCCUGGGCAAGCUGCCCCAAGCUUUGGCCUGGUACCACAGGGCCCUGGGUCACUACCACCCAUUAGGUGACCAGGGGCAGGCCCAAGCAAAAAUGGGAGCCUGCUACCGGGCUCUGGGACAGCCUGCACUAGCAGCCCACUGUCUGCAGGAAGCAAGCCAGGCCUACGUCCAAGCAGGGCAGCCCCAGGAUGCAGCCCUGGCAUUGGGGGCUGCAGCAGCUUGUAUGCUGAAGAGUGGGCAACACGGGGUGGGUGACGUAGUACAGGUGCUGGAGGAGAGCCAGAGGCUUGCUGAGAGGAGUCCUGAGCAGGGACUGCUGGGGCAGCUCUAUAACGACCUGGGCCUGAGCUACUCCCAGCUCCAGCUGUUCUCGCUAGCAGCUGAGGCCUUCCUGCGGGCUCUGCCCCUGUGCCGGGGGCCAGGAGAGGAGGCCAUGGUGCUGACAAACCUCGGAGCAGCCCACAGCGCCCUUGGCAACUAUCAGGAAGCCCGGGAUGUUCACCGGAAGGCAGCUGACCUGCAUGGCUCCGUGGGGCAGCGGCAGGAGCAGGGCCGCAGCUUCGGCAGCCUGGCAUUUGCACUGAGUCAGCUGGGGAACCACAGAGCAGCCAGAGACAACUACCUGCAUGCCCUACAGGCUGCCCGGGAUACUGGGGACACGAAGGGGCAGUGGCAGGCCUGUGAGGGGCUGGGGGCCGCAGCAGCCAGGCUGGGGCAGCACAACCAGGCCUUGUGGUACUAUAAGGAAGCACUGGCCCGGAGUCAGAAGGAGCCAGACUCUGUGCGGGAUCGGCUGGUGGCCAAGCUGGCAGAUGCCAUGAGAACCCACUUGGCCCAGGCGGGGCCUGUCCCGACCUACAGCCUGACUUCGGCUCCAGGGAGACCCCAGGCUCCAGGUGGGGUGGCCGGGCCCCCAGCUGGGGUGGGAAGGGGCAGAGCGGAAGUGUGGCACAGGUCUUGGGGUAGGUGGGAAGAAGAAGCGUACGAGGAGAGCCAGGAGGAGAGAGAAGACCAGCAGCCGGCGGAUGUCCCUGUGACAUCUUGGGCACAGAGACUGGAGUGUCUAGGACCCAGGGCCCAUCUCCCACUUGGAGGCCAACGCCCCCUCCGAAUGGAGCAGCCUGGCACUCUGGUGCCCAAUGGCCCCCAAGCCAACAGGUCAUCCAGCUGGUCCAGGGAGACCCCCAGUGGGAACCCUCAGAGGAGACCCACCGAGUCUGGCUUCUGUGCCAUCAUAUGACCCCACUCAGCUGACCGUGAACGUGGCCUCCUUGGUACCUCCCUGACGCACAAACAUUAGGGGUUUCCAGGACCAAGCCUUUUCCUGGUUGUUCAGUGCUCUAAGGGCAGGUGAUGUAACAUCGCCAAACAGUGGGCUCCUGUGUAGGCUGAACAGGGCCUUUGCAGUCUGGGUGCCAAGGUGUGCAGUUUGCUCCUUGUUGGGAGUUUCAGACUCAAUGGGCAAAAGAAAAAGGAAAAGUGGACAGUGAAUUUCCCCUUUUUUCCUUCCUGAUCCAAACCUCUUGAUUGCGAAGGCUCUUGUCAGCUUGGCUGUGACAUAGUAGUCAGGACAUUUUGCCAUUGUGAACUGUCUCCUGACCUCCAUCUUCUUGAAGGGGAAAUGAGGAUCUAAUACUACAGAGGAUGCAUCUUAACCCACCGAUGUGCUCCACUUUCUCCACUUCCUUGUGGGUGGGGGAGGCAAUGCCUCAGGCCCAUUGGGACCGCUGCUGUCAGUGGCCACCAUGUUUUGUAAGGCAUGAUUAUCACUCAGCACACACCACACCCUGCUCUGAGUGCUUCACGCAUGUUUUCUCCUGCAGUCCUCGCAGCAGAUGACCCCCUUUCACAGAUGAGGCAAAGACAGCACAAAGGUUAAUGACUUUCCUCCCAGGCCACACAGCUAGUGAAUGGGGAAGCCGGGAUUCAAACCUGCACAGUGAGCACCCUCUAGAAUGCUGUGUGGUUCUGCUAUCCCCUACUUACGCUAAUGUUCACCAAGAGUUGAUUGUGUUGGUAACAAAUGUGCUUAUGCCAUAUGUAAGUGUACUUUGUGCUUUAAUUAAAUAUUAUAUAAAUUGA